AUGGUCAGUCCAUCAAUACCCAUUCCACACCGAGGCGCGGACCCAGAACAGUUUGGGAGGAGUCUUGAGAGGCAGCAGCGGCUAAUUCACAGAACAGCCUUCUCGCGCAGCUUCAAGAAGAGGGGCAUGAUCCCGCUCUCGACCUACCUCAAGCAGUACAGAGUCGGAGACGUCGUCGAUGUGGUCGCAAACGGUGCUGUUCAGAAGGGCAUGCCCUUCAAAGUCUACCACGGCAAGACCGGCGUCGUCUACAACGUCACCAAGAGCGCAGUCGGCGUCAUCCUUUACAAGCAAGUCGGCAACCGAUACAUCGAGAAGCGCGUCAACGUCCGCGUCGAGCACGUCCGCCACUCCCAGUCCCGCGAGUCGUUCUUGAAGAGGGUUAAGUCAAACGCAGCAAAGAGGCGCGAGGCCAAGGAGAACGGCACGCAGGUCAGCUUGAAGAGGUUGCCCGCGCAGCCACGGGAGGCGAGGACGGUGAGCGCGAAGGAGAACAAGCCGGAGAGCAUCGCGCCGGUGGCGUACGAGACCUACAUCUAG